UACCAAGGGACAUUGCAUUUUGAACCAAUCUUUAAAUGUCGACAUCCUUAAGCUGUAAGGCCUCAGUGUUAUGGCAAGAUGGCCUCUCUUCCGUCCCCCACCCAGGUGGCGGGAGACCAGGCAGGACAGUUUGAGGCGUGGUACAAGAAGAUAGAUCCUAGCGGCUCGGGUGCCAUCCAAGCUGGUCCUGCCGCGGGAUUCCUCAAGAAGUCUGGCCUCAACGACAAUGUUCUCAGCCGGAUAUGGGACCUGAGUGAUCCAGGUGGCAAGGGUUACCUGGACAAGGCAGGACUGUACGUGGCCCUGAAGAUGGUGGCACUGGUGCAGAAUGGCAAGGAGCCGUCCCUGGCCAAUAUUAACCUACCUACGCCACCCCCCAACAUGGGUGAACCUCCCCCACACCCGCCUCCCCCAACAAAGGUGCCACCUGCUAAGCCGGCACCGCCUGCCACGGGAGGCGCGACAGUGGCUGGUGGUGUGUGGACCAUCACCCCCCAAGACAGAGCAAGAUAUGACACGAUAUUUAACACACUGGGACCAGAGGCUAACAAACUACAUGGGAGUAAGGUGAGUGGUGUAAUGCUCAAUUCCAAACUACCGACGGAAACUCUGGGAAAGAUCUGGGACCUGGCGGACAUGGACAAAGACGGCUCUUUAGACCGUGUGGAGUUUUCCAUUGCAAUGCACCUGAUAUACAAAGUGUUAGAAAACAACCCUGUGCCAUCAUCACUGCCUCAAGAGAUGCUCUCCAGUGCCCAGCGGGCGGGCGUGGCCCAGGGACCAGUGCCUGCACCCCUGGCUCCCCCCUCACAGGUGCCUCAACCAAACACUCCCAAACAGCAGCCCAAUAAGGACAACUUAGCCUGUGGGGUUGAGACCACUUCAGGCAGCUCUGCAGAGAAACCCUCAGGUCCUCCCCCGGCUCCGUGGGUCAUCAGCGCUGCAGAGAAGGCGAGGUAUGACGUCAUGUUCCACAACGCAGACCUGGACAAGGACGGCUAUGUGAGUGGCCAGGAGAUCAAGGGGGUGUUCCUGCAGUCUGGCCUUCCACAGGUGGUCCUGGCACAUAUAUGGAAUCUUUGUGAUAUCAAGCAGACAGGCAAGCUGACCUCUGAACAAUUUGCCCUGGCCAUGUGGUUAAUCCAGCAGAAAUUGGCUGGCACUGACCCACCAACAGCCCUCACCCCGGAGAUGGUCCCGCCCACCAUGAGGCCCAAACCCUCUGCCGAGUCAGCUGUGGAUCUGCUAGGUGAUUUAAUGGGGCAAGUGGCUGAGGUUGUGCCAGCCAAGCCCCAGUAUAGCAACCCUGAGCUACAGCUGGUGGCAGAUGAAAUAGAGGAACUCAACGCUGACAAACUAAAGCUAGAGGCGGAAAUCCAACAGAAGGAGGCGGGCAUUCGGGUAAAAAAUAAUGAAAUAAAAAAUUUGCAGACGGAGCUGGACACGCUGUCGUCCACCCUGCGGCAGCUGGAGCACCAGAAGGGGGCAGCCCAGCAGAGGCUGGAUGACCUGGGCAACCAGAAAAAGGUCCUAGAAGGGGAACGGAAUGACCUUCAAGCCCUGAUUGAGGCCGAACUGGAAGAGGUGGCCAAGCUGCGGACUCAGGUGGAGGAGCAGGAGACCAGUCUGAAGGCCCAGGAGGAGGAGGUGAUGUCCAAGAGGCAAGAGCUGAAUGACCUCAAGGACCAAGAGAAUCAGCUAGAGGAGAGUGUGAACAAGAUGAAGAAGAGGAUAGAUGAGCUCAGUAUUAUUCAGCAGGAAACCCAGUUACACAUAUCACAGGCACGUAUGAAGAUAGGUGAGCUACAAGACCAGGAGAAUCACAUGACAGAGGUGUUGAUAUCCUAUGACUCGGCCAUAUCAUCGGGGGAUGCCUCGUCCCUCUCAGAGGCGUCUUUGAGAGAGGUGACUCCUGUCUUCAAUGACUCCAGUUUCCUCACCAUAGGACCCACUCCUACCACCAGUCCUAAGGAAUCUCCUAAGGAAGCGACUUCACCUCAGGAGAAUGGCUUGCCUUCCCAGGAAUCUAUUGCUGCCAACAAGGCCAAGGACACGUCCUUCACCGGCGGUCACGAUCCCUUCAGCUCAGCCUUCGGUGGACAGCAAAACAAUGUGGAUGUGUUUAGCUCCUGGGACCAGAAUCCAGGUGCUCCUGCCUCUAAUCCUGCACCUGGAGGAGACCCAUUUGGAGGAGAUGCAUUCGCUUCACAAAACAAGGGUGCUAAUGACCUGUUCGGGAGUGAGCCAUUCAGUGCGGGUGGCGGUGGUGGUGGUCCCCCUCCCAGACCAGAGAGCCCAACCCCAGCCCUCCCACCCAAGAAGUCCAAACAGCCACCACCUAGGCCAGCUCCACCCAAGACCAGGCCUGCCAAGCCUCCACCACCUCAGAUCAACUCCAACAACAAUCCCACCAAAACCGACUCCAACCCCACCACCACAGAUCCCUUUGGGGGUGGCUGGGGUGAUAAGUCCGGCAAUGAUAACUUUGCAGACUUUGCCAAUUUUGCUGACUUUGAUAACAAGUGUUCCAAGGUAGUCAGCAGCAACACAGCGUCGCCUUGGGGGGACGAGACCAAGUUUUCACCUCACCCCGGCCAGGAGGACGAGGACCCCUUCGGCCCACCAUUUUCAGCAGCGAAGGACAAAGCUGCCAGGAGUGGCGACAGCUCCCCCUGGCCGCAGGACGCAUUUGGUUCCUCUGGGUUUGUUUCCGGCGAUACCUUCGGGGAGACCGGAGGGUUUGGCAAGGAGGACCCAUUUGGCAGUCUGGGGGUAGGGUCUGCCGAUCCGUUCGGUGGAGACUACGACCCUUUCAAGGAUCAAGACCUGAAGGAAGCUGACAAGUUCUCGUGGGAAGAUGAGCCAGACCCUUUCACUGGCCUGCCUGAGGAUGGGGACGUGAAGGGGCCUGUUGAGCCCAAGGGCAGCACAGUCUUUAAGGAGGAUCCCUUUGGCUGCAGUAUUAAUGAGGACGACAACAGCACCACCAUAUUUGCAGAGUUGUCCAGCAACAACAAGAACACCAACAAGUCCUCUAUGGGUGCCAAAAGUUACUUGAGUCCAAAUGAGAAAAACCGUUCAAGGUCCGUCAUCGGUGACCCGUUUGCCUCCCAGACCAGGGAGACCGUCCCGACCCGGUCCAAGACCUCCCUUGGGGAGCCCUGGGAUGCCUCCUCAGAUUUUGACCCAUUCUCUUCGGCCAAGGUGACCACCACAGAGAAGAGCAAGUGGAAGAGCAAUGAGGACCUGCUCAAUGAAAACUUCUCCAGCUGGGGUGCAGCAAACAAUAAUAAUAAUAACAAUAAUAAUAAUAAUAACCUUAACAAUAAUAAUGAAGACGGGAUCAACCCGUUCGGCGACAGCUUCACCUCUCCAGUGCAGUCGUGGGGCGACCCCAAGCCGCCCCGCCUGGCCACCGAGGACGAACAGCUUGCGUGGGCCGCGCAGGAGAGCAUGAGACUGGAGGAGGUGCGGAGGCAGCAGGAGGAACAAGAGCGGGCAGAGCUGGAGUUGGCCCUCACCCUGUCCCGCCAGGCCCCCACCUCCCGCUCCCCCUCCACAGGCCUCUGAAGCAGCCGUGCCCUGUACAUAUGUCUAAAACUAUUAUGAUACAAUGAAGUUGUUACAAUAUUAAUGUUGGAAUAUUGAGUGUAGUAUAGUUGUUUCUUGUUUAAGAGUUGUGUAGUUUUGGAAUGUAUAUCUUUGUUAAGUCUACCAGAUUCACUAGUGAAGUGGAGGACAGCAUAAACACAAAUAGUGAAUUAUCUUCUCUUCCUGAAUUUCUUACUCUACCAGCAAAUCAUUACCCAAGUGAAAAGGAAAAAGUCACAGAUGAUUGUAGUUACGAGUUACUGUACUCAACAAUAGCUUCAAUUCCACCAUAACACAUUUCUGUUGCUAAUACGUGCAUACCUAGAGAAUAUCCAUUGCAUGACAAGGCCAGUCUUUCCAAGAAAACAGAAAAGCUUCUCAAUAACACAAGUGAAAACUCAAGGAUCUAUUCCUUCUGCCAGUGGCCUUCUAACCUGUACGGGAUGUGAUUGAAGCUUGAGAGUAGCUAGAGACCCACAAAGUUGUUCUGGCUCUCCUAGUGAGGUGGAGGAUGGCUGGUGCCGGUGGUGGUCGGACUAGCUUGCAACAGAUCAUUCCCAGCGUCUCCAAAGGAUCAUGUCUAUUCAGGUUUUAAUAUAUUUUUGUAAAUGUGGUUUGAUUUUUUGUAAAUAUUUUAACCAGUUGUCUUGGUCGGUCGUCAGAUUGAUCGAGAAGUCACGACAGUACAUCCCUCGUACAGAACUGUUAUAAGUUGCUGUGUACUGGUGUGAGUCUUAUUUGAGGUCUUGUGAAAAGAGUAACAUGUUUUAUAGGGUUUUUUUUUAUUUUACUUUUGCUCACAGUUAAAUACUUGAGUCAGAGAUAUUUUGAAAGAGUUUACAGCUGGUAGUUUCAUUUAGGUAAAAUUAGUUUGUUUCUUGCAUACCUUUUUUGCCUUCAGAGCUAUUUUUAUCAAACUAGUUAAAUUUCCCCUCAGCCUUGUAAUAUACAUAUAUCAUAAGAAGGAGAGUGUACACCAAAAUUAAGCUUGAAGGCCCCGAAUCAUUCCUGCAUCACCUUCUUGCUUAUGUCUUCCAAGAUGAACUGUGUCCCAUUCCUUCCGGCCUCAGCCUCCUGUCUGGGCCACGGUCCACUACCUCGACUCUCUCUUGUGGGGGAACAUGGGAUCAGCAGCAUCAAGUCUGUUCUGUAACUACACACUAUCACAUGUGGGAAAAUACUUGUUGGCACAACCUAACAAGGGAUGACUGGCUGGGAACUCUUCUGUAUGGCAGCCUUGGAGGCUACUACCAGUGGUCUCCACAGGGGCUUCCCAUAGUCUGCAAAGUUGAGAGAUGAUGAUGUAGCAGGAAGAACCGGUGGUACACUUACAAACAAAAUUUACCCAUACUUGAGAAAUUCCAUCUGCAACGUGCGCUUGGCUGGCAGGUGGCUGCCGGGCACCGUCACUGAGGGCGUGCUGGCAUUGGAUCCUAAUCUGCUGUGCAAUUUGCAUGCCACUGAUCUUUUUGCUACAUCAUAGAUAUUAGACUCAUGACAAAACUUUGUUUCAACAUAUCUUUGCUGCUGUGUGACAAUGAAACCUACAUUAUGGCUACGUUACCUUCUUGUGUCUGGCGCUGUUACUGCGUGUUCUUUUGCCCGUGUGCAGCAGACUGGUGAGGGGCCACCGUCCUUGUGUGCUGCAAUGCUGUCUGAUGUAUUUUGUUGCAGCACAAGAAAUUGCUGUGAGUCAGUGUCCACUUACUUGUUGCAGGGCAGUUAGUGCAACAGAUUACCAUGUUUGGGUAUUUUUGUUAGACGGCAUUGAGCCUCGGAUGAUUCGUUGCCGACUUUGUCGAGCUCGUGUUGCAAAUACAGGACGGGACAGAGAAAAUUUAUUUUACAUUUUGUCAUUGUUGAAUAUUAUUUGAUGCAAGCUGCAUGACUAUAGCCUUUGGUAUUUAGUAGUGACACCUCUGAAUGCUGAUAAGUGACUGUAUCGGUAAAAAUGGUGUGUGUAUGGUGUAAAAUGCCUUACAAGUUCCCGAGAGUUGUGUUGUAGCCAAAGUUUAUGGUGUGAAUGUCCAGUUUGUCUGGAUCAGUUUCUUCUCUCUCCCUGUAAAUGUAUCUGUGAAAUACUCGUGUCUUGAGGUAGAAUUGUUAAGCUGAUGUAAAAAGGCAUGGAAAUGUAUAUUAAUGGAUUCCUUCUACCCCUUUAUCCACUAUUUCUCCCCUCAAGGAAUGUAUUUGGAUGAGGAACAAAAGAGAGAAGCCAAAGACAGGAGUGUACAUGGUAACUAGAUGUCCGUUGGAGCAAAUUUGAUUUGAUUUGAUUUUUUUUUCUUUUUAAGCUAAUGUGCACUGUACUUGUCUAGUCCUUAAAAAUAUGCCAAAUUAUUUUUGUUUAAUUACUGAUAGCGAAUUAUUUUGUCUUAGCUGAGAAAUUUAAUGACCUUGCAUAAUACUGUUAGUAUGGGUAUAUGCCUGAAAAUAUGAUAGGUUUUGUGGUAAGAGCACCCUUCAGAUUUGUGAAUGAAGACUUAGAGGUAGGAUUAGUAGCUGACCUUUGGAUAUGUGUAUACAAGUGAACAAUCUAAAAUUAUAAUAUCUAGAAAUUGGUGAUUCCUCUUUGGUUCUCAGUCAAGCACCAAAACCAGUGACCCAUGAGCCAAAGAGCGUCUCAUGCAUGGCUAGCAGUAGACCCUAAGUAGCCGUUGUGGAUGGACUAGGUUCCUCAUUGUUGAAUAAUUUUUUUGUAACCUUCAGUUCAUUUGGUCUUCAAAGUAUGGGAUGUCAAAAUUGGAGAAUGCAUUGUCCACAAAGUAUACUUAUAACAUUCAAAGCCAUUAUGUCAUCUUGGAUGUCUGUUCUCAGACAGCCAGGCAAAAGCUCAGAGAGUGGUCAGUUUGAAGGUCCAUGGCAGAUGACACUGAAAACAAGAAUCACCUUAAUUGUGUUCCUCGUGGGACGCCACUAGGGCUGUAGACUUCCAUAUGCUGUUCUAUGCUCCUUUAUUUGUCGGGUGUUAAUGUUUGUCACUCGGAUCUGUUAUUGACUGUACCGUUUUUCUUUUUUGACAUGUUAAGUGUUCACUACCUUGUGCUGAAGACCCUGUCAGGUACCGCCUUACAUGUUCACACUAUCAGUAUUACAUCUUCAGUAUCAGGCAGCUGGUGGUGGUGGUAGAGCACUGUGGCCCCUUGGUUUAUGUUUGUACAAGUAUGUAGUUAGAGUGGCAGUGUUUGGUGCAUUUCUGAAUGAGUUGCAGUACAUAUUCCAGGAUAAUAUUAUAUAAUUACAUGUUGAUUUUCAAGUUGUGUGUUCUUAGUUUGGCACAAGUUGUGUGUUCAGUUUUCACUUCUGCAGAGGAGAGCAUCAGUGUGAGGGCAGACAAUAGAUUGGUGUGAGGGAGUAUUACACAAAAUGUGCCCACAAAUUAUGUAUUAAAAAGAACAAUAUAAAAGUCUUUUCACAAUAUUGUAAUGUACCUCUGUGUAAGAAAAUGCAUUUAUUGUAAAUUUAAGGUAAAACUAUAAUUGUUGAAUUUAAUGUUAAUGGUCAUUAUAGAAAUUUUAGAAGAGUCAUGAUUUCCCAUUCACAGUAUGUUUGAAAGUUGAUUUGAACCAGUUGUAGCUCUGUGUUUGUAUUGUUGAUUGGGGAGGGAUAAGAGACUUGCAUAACUAAGUACACACGAGGUACUUGUACCGAUGCUGUAGUCACCUUGCACAUUAGGUCAGAGUAGCAUAGAGGCCACAGGCAAGGUGCUGUUUUGCACCUGCCUGAGGCCAGACUCCACAGGUGUGCAAGGUUAUUGGUGAACAUUUCCAUGCCCUUGAAUUUGAAUGAUUGUGUAUAGAUAUACCAGUUUUCAGAUACUGGUUUGUAAAUGUAGGUAGUGAUGCCAUGGCCACACCACCUGCUUGUCUCCGGCACUGCCACUCACGGCUGAAGCAUCUCAUCACCACUCUGAGCAGAAUGUCCUUGGCCAUAAGUGUGUGUGUGUUGAUGCUUAGAUAGUGAACAUUUGAAUCACAGAGAUGCAUGUUCCAGUGGACAAGAUGGGGGUGGACAAAGCCUGCACCAAGUGUUCCAAAUGUUGCCUGUGGUGUUCAAGCAGGACUUGGGUGGGAGGUUUCCAGUCUUGCAGAAAUACAGUUUAUUUUUAUUAUUUAGGGUUCAGAGUCUCAGUAAGUUUAGUUUGUUACUUCAGUUCAUGUUUCCAGAAGAAUAGCUGUUGGGGGGAGAUAAUUGUCUAGAAGUGCAAAGGUCAGUGUUGCUUUCCUCCCCAAGUAAUAAUAUAUGAUUGCGUUCUCCAGUACCACCUCAGUGAGGGAAGCUUGUGGUAACUUCCAUCUAUACUUCGUGUUGUUCGGUGUCACCGUCAUGUUAUCUCAGUGUAAAUAAGGCUUAAUACAAUAAACAUGUUCACCAAA